CCCAUCGCCCUGCCCGCCGCCGGGUCCGUGCCCACGGGCACCGCCGUGCUCUCGGGCUGGGGCUCCACCUCCACCAGCCUCGUCCCCAGCACGCCGUCCAUCCUGCAGACGGUGGAGGUGCCGCUGCUGAGCUUCGAGGAGUGCUGGGCGGCCGUGGGCGGCGAGCCCCUCGCCGACACCAACGUCUGCUCCGGGCCCCUCACCGGAGGCACCUCCGCCUGCUCGGGCGAUUCCGGCGGCCCGCUGGCUCAGAACGGAGAGGUGAUCGGCAUCGUCUCGUGGGGCUACAUCCCCUGCGGUUCCGUCAACGCUCCGUCAGUCUACACUCGCGUCUCCGCCUUCAACGACUGGAUCCUCGCCAACGCAGAGGGCCUCUGA